AUGCGCGUUAACAUUAUCUCUUUGGUGGCUCUAGCUGCUACAACGUCAGCUCUCCUUGUCACCUCGCCACGGAUUGGUGAAAAGAUUGACCCCGAUAUGCCCCUCACUAUCAAGUGGCAGACUGUCGCAACGGACCCAGAUACCUUCACUAUCGAACUGGUCAAUCAGAAUGUCUAUCCUUCGACAACAUCGGUGGUAGUAGAAGACAUAGAAUCUUCCAAGGGCUCCUACACCGUCAAAGCAAAGACAUUCACAGAUGUAGACGAUGGGAAGGGAUAUCAGAUCAAUUUCAUCUCUCCGACCAGUGGCAUUCUGGCUCAGUCUCAGCAAUUCCGAGUGACUGAGCCUGGGGCAAUUGCUAGUAGCUCUGGUAAGGAAACCAGCAUUGCGCUUGAAACUUCGUCUGUCUCGUUGAUGUCUUCCACCGCGUCGACCAGUGAUAUUACUUCGACUCCUUCCUCGACUGCUUCCUCUUAUCUGUCUUCGACCGCUCACUCCUCCUCCAACCUUGGAAUCUACCUUGACGCUUACCACACCCACUUCUUCAUCAGUAUCUUCUAUCUCCACACUUGCCACCUCUUCCUCAGUCUAUUUUACAUCUACACCUUCAACUUCUUCUUUCAUUGCAACUUCUUCCUCCAUUAUAUCCACCUCUGCUACCCCAACUACUUCUUCUUCCAUUACCACGUCUUCUAUGUCACCUACUCCAUCCACACAUUCUAUCUCAACUUUCAAAUCAAGCACUAUCUCUCCUACAUCCCAUUCUUCCCAUAUUUCCACCACCCCUGGUUAGUAAAGGCGGAAAGCGCGGCUUCCGAGGCAGCAUUUUGCUUUUUACCCAACUACAUUGAGAAAACAAACCCUGACUCUAUCUAUAGGAUCGACCUCUGCUUCAACCAUGACCUCAACCUCGAGUAG